AUGCAAUAUCACAAGCGGAGACAGAAUGGAGCGAAUGAGUCAGAGCAUCUUGGCUCUUACAUAAAUACACAAACAAAAGCUAUGUCUACCCUUCUCAUUUUUCCAUUAAUUAUUGCCUGCUCCUAUGCUAAAGCCAUCCUUCCGAAGCCACUUGUGGCUGCUGCCACAACCUACGCUUAUGCCGUGGACCUCGAUCGGCCUUUUACGGUUUCUACAUUCAUUUGUCUCAAGAAAUCUGGUUACUCUGCAGCCAUUAUAAGAGCGUAUGAUCCUGCAGAUAAUGGAAAAUUUGAUAUCAAUGCUGUUAGUAACAUCCGCAACGCUAAUAAAGCUGGUCUUGGAACAGAAGUGUUUAUGACACCAUUACCCGGUUCAAGCAAAAAGGGUGGAGAGCAGUUCAGAGAACUUUAUGAGGGGCUGAAGAAUGGAAAAAUUGAUGUGAAGAUGGUGUGGUUGCAGGUGACCUCGCCUGUUAACUGGGGACCCAACAGCCACGAAAAUAUCUACUUCCUCAAUGACAUCAUAACCAUGGCUAAGUAUUAUGGGGUCAGAAUUGGUUUCUACACAAGUGUUUACGACUGGAAUCAGAUCAUCAGGGGAGCUGCGGUUGAGGGAGCCAUGCUAUGGUACUGGAAUGUCAAUGGUGGAGGACCUAGCGGUGAGACACCAGCUAACUUUGACGAUUUCCGUCCAUUCGGUACGUUUACGAAGCCAACGAUGAAACAGUUUGGACAAAUGGAGCAAAUCUGCGGAGUCACAGUCAACAGGGACAUCUACUCAUUGGAGAAGUCAAAGCCCUUCCUUACCGAGCUGAAGGAAAAGCAGAACGAUGAACUAGUCCUAGGCAAAAAGUAGGACAUGCACUUACGUGAUUAUUAUCAGUUGCAUGAGGAAACAAAUGUGGAGAAAAGAAUCCCAAGGAAAAAAUGCUUUAUAGACAGUCAUAGUACACUAAAUAAAGAUGAUUUGCCCUUACA